AUGUCUUUACCCACGGAGGUAGAAGCGUCAUUCACGACCAUUAUUGACUCAAUCCUUGCCGCAAGUGAUCUCGACACAAUCUCAGAGAAACGUAUUCGCCAAGGUCUCCAGCAGUCUGUCGAAUAUGAUAUUACGCCCCAGAAGACGGCCAUCAAAGCCCUCAUAAUGAGACGCUUCGACAAGUUCGAUGAGCAGAGAAAAGCGCCUCCACAGACAAACGGCCACGCCAGCGUCAAAGAGGAAUCAUCUGCUUCGCCGCAAACUUUUAGCCACACCAGUGUCAAACAGGGCUCACUUGCGUCACAGCAGACCAAUGGCCACACCACUGUCAAAGAAAAUUCACCUCUGUCGUCGGAGCCUACCCGUAAAGCCACUUCUCAGUCGCCCAAGAAACAUAAACAAGAAAGUGACGAGGAGGAGCUCUCGGAUGUCAAAAAUACUCCCCCUCCUAAGAAGAAGAAGAAAGUAGAGCGCGAUAGCGACGCCGCAUAUGCAGCGAAACUUCAAGCUCAGGAGAACGCUCGCACUAGAUCUACAAGAGGUGGAGGGCCAAAAGCACCGCCACCGAAGAAGAACAAGAAGAGCCCGAAAAAAAAGACAUCGGCAAAGGUGAAGGCAGAAGAUGAUAGUGACAUUGAUGCAUCUGGUUCGGACGUGAAGGAGAAAGUCCGGAGCGACAACGAAAUCAAGUUAUCUCGGCCUCAGACAGUCAAGCGCAUUUGGGCGUACGUGCGGGCUAAGGAUCUUCAAGAUCCCAGUGACAAGCGAAUGAUCCGCUGUGAUGACGCUCUGAGAGCGGUAUUCAAGCAGGACAAGGUGCACAUGUUCACGAUGAACAAGAUCCUGAGUCAGAAUCUGUACGUCCCUGACGAGUGA